UCCCUGCCGCCGCCGAGUCGCGCGAAGGCGGAAGGUCACGUGCAGUCAAGAUUCAGCUACAAUCGUAAUCCACCGCCAUGGCCGAGGAAGGCAUUGCUGCUGGAGGUGUAAUGGACGUUAAUACUGCUUUACAAGAGGUGCUGAAGACCGCCCUCAUCCACGAUGGCCUAGCACGUGGAAUUCGCGAAGCUGCCAAAGCCUUAGACAAGCGCCAGGCCCAUCUUUGUGUGCUUGCAUCCAACUGUGAUGAGCCUUUGUAUGUCAAGUUGGUGGAGGCCCUUUGUGCUAAACACCAAAUCAACCCAAUCAAGGUUGAUGACAACAAGAAACUAGGGGAAUGGGUAGGCCUCUGUAAAACUGACAGAGAGGGAAAACCCCGUAAAGCGGUUGGUUGCAGCUGUGUGGUGGUUAAGGACUAUGGCAAAGAGUCUCAGGCGAAGGAUGUCAUCGAGGAAUACUUCAAGUGCAAGAAAUGAAUAAACUUGGUUCUU